UACAGUAUGUGUAAGUGUAUUAGAAGUACUAAAACAAGCAUCUCGCUCCCGACGCGCGCACCUACUCAGAACGAUGACGUCAUCACCGCCGCUCUGGCAGGCGCGAGCGGCGCGCGGCCGUUGCGAUGACGUCAUACGGUCACGAGGUUAUAAAUAGUGUCCUGCAUCAGGAUCUCUUCAUUUAUAUUUUACUGAUAAUAACAGAAGCGUCUGCUAUUAUGGAUUCAAGGAGACAGAGGGAGGAUCAGAGACAGGAGGCCAUCUCCCGGGCGAAGGACAUCUUCUUCUACCAAUCAGAGAGAGUGAGACAGUUCCGGAGCACCGUGGGUCUGUCUGAGAUUCAGAAGGACAUACAGGCUGAGAUUGAGAGGAAACGAAAAGAAAAGAUGGCCUCUAAAGCUCAGGAUGAAGAGUACUGCUCAAUGCAGAAAAACAGACUGCAGAAAGAGCUCCUGGAGAAAUCCCUUCUUCAGCAGAAGAAGAAAGAACAGGAGAUGGAGCUCUGCAGAGCUCUUCAGAAACAGGUGGAGGAGAAGAAGGAGCUUCUCGCAGGAGAAGCUCUGAGGAAAGAGGAGGAGGAGAAACGGCAAAAGCUCUUUCUCGAUUCUAAAGACCAGCAGGCCAAACUCCAGCUAGAGAAAAGAGAACAGCAGAUUAGAGAGAGGCAGGAGCGCACCGAGCUCGUUACCCAGAGCAUGGAGAAACUCCAGCUCCAAAAACAGCCCCUCGACGAGGACCUGCUGAUCUCUAAAGCAAAGAGAGAAGAUCAGGCCAAGAUCCGUCAGCUGCAGAGCAAGAAGGAGGAGAUGAAAGCAGUGAUGACGGACUCCAUUAAAGAAUACACCAAAGCCUCUCGAAAAGAGAAGGAGCGCCUGCGUCUAAAGGAGAAACGCGACGACGCCGAGCUUCUCGCUUCCUAUAAAGAGGCCGAUAGAAAGUUUCUCAAAGAGCAAAAGAUCAAAGCUCAGAAAAAACGAGAAAAGGGCAAAGAAAUAAACAAAUUCAACGCUCUUCAGAUGGCCGAGAAACAAGAACUGGAGCAGCGCCUUAAACAAGAAGAUCUGCUGCUGGAGAGCCGCGAUGCCCAACUAAUUAAGGAGGAGGAGGAGCGGUUCCAGCGGUACGCAGAGCGCUGCAUCCAGAGCGCCGAGGCGGCCGGCAGGAGCUCCUACACGCUCCGCAAGGCGGCCCAGCGGGGCGUCGGAGGAGGACUGGGCCCUGUAAUAGAUGGAGCUCGGUCCAGAUAUCUCGAUCCUGAACCAAGACCAAUGCCCUAACUCCUCCAAUCAAUCAACCAAUCAAUAAAGCAGAGCUCUGAUAACAACAUCUAGAGGAGAGAGCGCUCCUUCAAUCAAUCAAUCAAUCA